CCUAACGGAGAUUAUUGUUUAAAUGGACUUGGGCUGCGCUGCGAGUCUCCACAUCCACCCACUUUACGUCAGGAAGGGAAACCAGUGUAUUUCCUCCCCUUCUUUAUUGAAAGGAAGUGCAAAAAUAAGCAUCAGCGACAGAGGGCCCAGGUUUGGACACGUCUUUUUUUUUGUGUUUCUUUUGUUGCAAAGUCCGACCAGCUCCAGUCCUGAGGAGAAGUCAGAGGAGAUCCACGCUGUCACUAUGAAGUACAUAAGGGUUCUGAUCCUCCUGCUGUUGAUGGGAUCAACCACACCAGUUUCAUCAUCUAAUUCAACCACAGUACCAGCAACGAGCAACAGUACACAAAUAGCAAAUGAUCUGUCAGAUGAAACUGUUGCAAACGUUUCAACUUCAACUGCACAUCCAGCAGCUACAACAUUGCCGCCCACGGCAACUACCAAAGCACCAAUAACAACUCUGUUGUCCACUCUGUCUUCUGGUAUCCAUGUCACAACCCCUAAACAAGCACCCAAACCUGCAACAUCACCUGGGACGACAAGUGUUGGAACACAAAUCCAAAACCUGACAACAUCAAGCAGCACUCGAUCCAUCAACACAGAUGUGAGCAUCAGCCCUGGACUAAAAACCUCCUCAAACCCAAACGACACAGAAGCAGCUCAAGGUACAACUGUCUCUUCUGCAGGAAAUGAGACGAAGCAGGAUACACAACACAAAUCCAGUGGAAGGCAAGAGAACGCAUCGCCUGAUCACAAAGGUGCCGGUUCAGACAAACGGCUGUGGUGGAUUCUGCUGCCGGCCGGCCUGGUUGUAGGUGUAGUUGCCCUUUUCAUAAAAUUCAAAAGCAAGAAGAUCCACGAUCACACAGAAACGAUUGACACUGGAACUGAGAACGCAUCUUUCCAGAGCAGGCCCGAAAGCACCAAAGACGGAGUCAUGCUCCUCGGAGUAAAGUCCUCAGGCAGCGAGGAAAAUGCAGCUGCAAGAUAAAUGCCAUUGGCAACUCCCACGUCCUGCUGAUCUGGAGGGAACAUCCAACCACUGAUUUUAUUUUUUUAAUUUGUACAAAUAUUUUUUGCAAAGCAGGGAAAUCUUUAAAAAGUGAAAUAUGAAACCUAUAAAGGGAAAAGGCAUGCUUGACAAAAAGGGCUGCGAGGUUCUGUGCAGGUUUUGGUAGUUUAAUUUUCUCAUUAGAAACCAGCAAUGAAAUUAAUUUUGUUGCUAAAAGUAGAACAUUUUUAUUGUUUUGAAUUUCUUUUGAAAUGUAAAAUAAUAUGAGUUCAUUUGAAUUUCCAUCUAAAGAAACUAAGAUUUAUUUAUUUUAUUUUUUUUUGUCAUGUUCUGACAUCCUCCACAAGUGUAGACUUUACACUUUGAUGUCACUUUGGUCAAGGGGGGUAGUGGUAAAAAUAACAACAAGUAUUUCUGAUAUACUCCCUAUUCCAAACGCAUCAAAUUUUAGGUCUGUCAUUUUAUUUUAAAUUCUUUGUCUAAUAUAUGUUUGUGGUGAAAACCGCCUUUCAGGAAGAAACAGCGCCUCCCACUGAUCACAGUGUGACAACCUGUUAGGAUUAUGAAAAACAGGCAAAUUAUUUAUUUCUCUUGUUUAUCUGCGAUAUUUUUAAACAAAAAACAGCUUAUAUUUCGACUGGUAUUUUGAAACAAAAACCAAAUUUUGUUUUUGAUUACUGGUUUCUGAAAAGUUACCAUGACCUGCACAGACAAGCAACGCUCCUGCCUUAGACAUGAUGGAUUAUAAUCAAAAACCUAAUUAUUGCUGUAAAGCUAACUUCUGUCUGCUGUAAAGUUGAGUCCACAAACACUUUUUCUCUACAUUGCACGUACCUCAGAGUCCUCACCUGUUUGAUGCAAUAAAUCACGUUUUGUUCAUCCUUU